AUGGCUAAGCCCAGUUUUGAUGUCAAGACGGCCAUCGCCUUGUUGCCCGUCAUGACGGGGCAAGAGGAUACCACUAAGCAGUUGAUAGACGGCAUUAUAAUGUACAGUUCCAUUAUUAAUAGCGAAACUCAACAGGUUUUAAUAGAGUUCGUCCUGAAAACAAGACUCUCAUCUAGCGCUAAGCUCAGAUUAAAGACGUCAUAUACUAGCGUAGAAUUACUUAUCGCGGAUAUGCGUACAUUCUUACUACCUAAAAAAUCGUCCGAAUCGAUUCAGGCUCAACUGUACAGAGCUAGGCAAGGUAGGAGAACUAUAGAGGCAUUCGGAGCCGAGAUCGAGGAUCUUUUUGUCAAUCUGACCAUAUCCCAGGCCGACGGUAACGAUAGCAGGUACGAUAUACUUCGUCCACUGAACGAGAAAUCAGCCAUUAAGCGUUUUGCAGACGGUUUAGCAGAUCCCAAGUUAAGUACCAUAAUAUCAUCUAGGCAAUUUACGUCACUGCCCGAAGCGAUCAGGACGGCCAUCGACGAGCACAGCUCAUCACCACAGCAGGAGCAGGUCCUACAUUACGGGCGCAACCAUUAUCGUAAUAAUUACGGGAACCGGAACGCCCACUCCGCACGUUAUAAUAGGGGCGACAAGCUUACUACAACAAACUUGCUGGAGCACAAAAUUAACUUAAAAGAAAAUGCCAGCCCAGUAUACGUAAAGCCUUACAGGAUACCACACGCCUUACGCAAAGAACUCCAAACUCAGAUCCAAGAUAUGCUAGACAACGACAUAAUUGAAGAGACUACUUCCGAGUGGUCCAGCCCAGUUUUGCUUGUUCCCAAAAAGAGUGAUAAGUUAGGAGAAAAGAAAUGGAGAUUGGUUGUCGACUAUAGGCAACUAAAUAAUAAAAUACAGGAUGAUAAAUUCCCAUUGCCCAACAUAACAGAAAUAUUAGAUUCCCUAGCAGAUAUGGCGUACCAAGCGACAUCAUAA